UUUCUUUGACUCACAGGAUUGGUUUCAAAAAACAAUUCUUCAGUUUGGGACUUUCUACAGGGGAGCAUUAUAAGCUUUAUGUGUAAGAAACCAGAAAUCAUGAUUGCCCUUCAGAACUUGAGGCCCGAAGAUCCAAAGACAAAACUCAGACAGUGACCUGUGAAUAAACCAGGACACCCAACAGACUCUGUCGUUGUCCUGUUGUGUGAUUCUUUCCUUCAGCACCCGAGCAGCUCACAGUUUUUACUGGACGUGGUUCAGAUGAGGAGGUCCCCACACACAUGAAGAUGAACCCUUACGUCACCUCUCACUUUAGGAGGGAUCUCUUCCCACAUUUUUAUUUGUUGUAGUUUUGUUUCCUCUCAUCUUUUAUCAAUGAAGAACACUUUUCUGUCAUUUCGGAGCUACAGCAGCUGCUGAUUUGUGUUGCUUUGUGUUCUUUUUGGACUUGGAUCAGUGCAGUUUGUUCCAGGGACCGUUUCUGAUCUUAUGUCUUUAAUGAUUUGUUGUUGCAUAAUCCAGGUUCAUUUUUAGAAACAGAUGGGCAAGCAUACACGAUCUCGCUCCUGAACUCCAGCAAAGGCAGCAUAUUUACGAAGGUGCAUUGUUGCCAUUUACUUUCACAGAGAUUAUCAUCAAUUAUCUAAAAAGUUUAGUCUCUCAAGUAAUCUUUUUCCUGUUGUUACCUUUUGUCAGGUGUUAAAUGACUUUUCAGCUGACAUGUAAUGAGGUUUAUCAGCUCAGAAGUGCCGGCACUUGUCAAAAGUAGGUAAAUAUUCAAAUAAAUAUCUUCCAUUCAGCAGUCAGCACCGAGAAGCAUUUCAUAAUGGCCGUCAAAAUGAUUUGCAGACACUUAGAGAGAAAAUGUGAAAUUGUUAAAGCGGUGACAUGAUUAAGAAACUAUUUGAAAAUGGUUCUUUCAAUUGAGUGUUUGAGACAGAAGUGACCUUACUUUGAAUUGUAAAGACAGGAGAGUUAUAAUCCAUAAAAAUUAAUAGUUUAUGUGAAACUUCUUAAUAACUUUUGCUUUUGAAUCUGUACAUGAACAUAUUUGCUCACUUUUGUUUGUUAAAUAGAGUUGACAUUUCAUUUUACUCUUUUCUUUGUUUCUUCAUGCUCAUUUCAAGGAUUUGUAAAUCUUUCAAGGGUUUGAAAGAGCUUUGAACGUAAGAUAUUUGCACGUUUUUUAUAUGAUUGCAUGUUAAAAGUCUGUUUUAUUUUGAAAUCGAACUUUGUUUUUGUCUGCCUUGAACCUUUAUUUUGCACCUUAUGUUGCACACGGUGUUGUGAACUGUACGCUGUAAAGAGCCGGAUGUUCUUAAGAUGUUGUCCCACUUGACUGCGUAAUGAGUUUGUGCUCGAAACCUUGAGGUUUUCCUUUUGUUGCUUUAAGCUGAACACAACCAGUCCUGCAUGCUUUUGUCAUGUUUGUUAAGUCACUUUUUUCACCGGAUCGAUCACACAAUCAAACCGUUGGGGGCUGUUCAUGACUCCCUUCUUUUCAGCUCCUCUCACUUGCUUUUCUUCGGGAAGUAGGACUGAACGUCGGUCAUAAUAAAUACACCUUGACUGACAUAAGGGGCCUGUGUUCCUGAUGGAUAUAUAUCUAAACAAACAGACUGUAAUGGGAAACAAAAUUCCAAGUUUCGGACACUGAAGUAAGUGACCGUCUGAGGGUGUUGGACCCGCAUUUAUCUUCUGAUUAGAAGAGAACAGGACUGUUGCAGUAAAUACACAUAACUUCACUGACUGCAUCAAGAAACCUCUUUUUAUCUUCAAGCCACAAAGAUUUGGUCCCAAAUAAUGGGAGCUGCACGUGUCAAACGUCGCUUCAGUGCUGUGGUGGAUGGGCCGGUGGAGGAGGAAGAAGUCAUGAGGCUGGCGCAGAGUGCUGCAGACACGGCAAAAGCAGGAGAAAGCCCAACGGAGUCAGGGAGCCCGACCAGCUCCUCUCCGGCUCACGCCCUCAACGGCAAAGCUCUACAACUUGAGAGCAACACCAGGAAUGUGCGGAGGCAGAGCGCCGUUGGCGAGCCAGCCAGGAGAGACGCUGGAGCAGAAGGUGCAGUGAGAGCGGGACGAAUGUGCCCAAAGCCAAGGAAGGCAAAAGGCAGUAGCGUAGGAGGAAGAGAGGAAGGCUGCUCUUCAUCAGACCAGGAUUCGGUCUCUUCCCCCUCCACUGCCAGCCGCCGGCGAAACAAACGCUCGAGUCGCUGGCCCCGACAACGCUUUGUGGACAAGGACGGACGCUGCAACGUCACCUUUGUCAACAUAAGCGAGAGGGGCCAGCGGUACCUCAGCGACCUUUUCACCACCUGUGUAGACAUACGCUGGCGUUGGAUGCUGGUCAUCUUCACCCUCUCCUUCAUUCUCUCCUGGUUGCUAUUCGGCUUCAUCUUCUGGCUAAUUGCCUCCGCGCAUGGGGACCUCUCCAUUCAGCUUCCCCCCAGCUCCGGAUCGGGAGAAGCCGGCUCUGAAGGAAAGUCUGAUAGAGACACUGUGGUUGAGGAGCCCUGCUUUCUCCAGGUGAACAGCUUCAUGGCUGCCUUCCUGUUUUCGUUAGAAACGCAGACAUCCAUCGGUUACGGAUUCAGGAGCGUGACCGAAGAAUGUCCCCUGGCGGUGUUGGCGGUCGUUUUGCAGUGCAUUGUGGGCUGCAUUAUUGACGCCUUCAUCAUCGGGGCGGUCAUGGCAAAGAUCGCCAAGCCCAAGAAACGCAACGAGACUCUGGUGUUCUCCGACACCGCUGUGGUGGCGCUGAGAGACGGAAAACUCUGCAUGAUGUGGAGGGUCGGAAACCUACGGAAAAGCCACCUGGUAGAGGCACACGUCCGAGCACAGCUACUGAAGCCGAGGGUGACAUCAGAAGGAGAGUACUUGCCGCUUGACAACACGGACAUCAACGUGGGUUUUGACACUGGAACUGACCGCAUCUUUUUGGUCUCUCCUGUGACGAUUGUCCACGAAAUCAACGAGGAGUCACCUUUUUUCGAAAUGGACAAGAAGACCUUAGAGAAAGACCCCGAGCUGGAGGUCGUGGUCAUACUCGAGGGUAUGGUGGAGGCCACGGCAAUGACGACGCAGUGCCGUAGUUCGUAUCUGGCAUCUGAAAUCCUCUGGGGGCACCGCUUUGAACCUGUGCUUUUUGAGAGAAGAGACGGCUACCAGGUGGACUACUCCUUUUUCCAUCGAACAUAUGAAAUCCCGAACACACCAUUAUGCAGCGCUAAAGAUUUGGCUGAGCAGAGUUUUGUCGAAAGCUCACGCUCCUCGUUUUGUUACGAGAACGAAGUGGCCUUGCAGCUCAUCUCCCCAGAAGAUGAGCCGGAUCAAGAGUCUGAGAGUCAAAGACCAUCCCCGGCUGAACAUCCUCACUUUAACUGAGCGCAAAGAAUGGAAGGUUUUAAAGGGAGCUCUGACUACUUGAACACGUUGGCCUUAAUAUGUUAAAAGUUCUUGUUUGUGGCAUGUUAAAACAUCAAAUUCCUUUAAAAUUGUAAAUUUUUUAUAUUUUUCAUUGCCAUUUUGUUACUGACGCAUUGCAUUUUGGGAAUGAUGAUGACGAAUGAUUCCUGUUGAGACUAAAACACAAAGAGUCAAGGUUAAAAAGUUAUAAUGUGUGACAGGAGAUGUAUAUUUUUUCUAGGUUUUGCACAAUAUAUGGGUUGAAACAAUUAAACUUAAUGUUCAGUAAAUUAGCUCUGCAAGCUGUCACCAUAUUGCUAUGGUGUUAGCUUCCUAGCUGUUAGCUCAGGAGCUAAUAGGGUGAUAUCAUUAGUCAGUG